AUGGCACCGGCACGCACUGCCGUUGAUGAGACCGAUAAGGGCGCGUUCGUGCGCACCGACGCGGGCUUCCGCUCCCACAUCGGCGAGGGCCCCUUUGAGGCUGAGGCCGGGCGCUACCACCUGUACAUUUCCCUGGCCUGCCCCUGGGCCAACCGCUGCCUCGCGGGCAUCUAUUUGAAGGGGCUGGAGGAUGUCAUCGGCCUCAGCGUGGUGCACCCCACGUGGCAGCGCACCCGCCCCGACAAGCCCGACGACGCCCACUGCGGCUGGACCUUCAGGGACCCCUCAGACCCGCCGCUGUCCUCGCCCACAGGCUACGGGUCGUUUGACUGCGUGGGGUGCAUCCCUGACACGGUCAACCACACCAAGUUUGUGAGGGACCUAUAUGAGAUGGCGGAUGACAAGACGGGGUUGGCGAUGUGA